CCAAUAGUCAACCAGAGCAUGUCAUCAACGGAAUACUCACCCCGUACUCCUCUCAAAGUGCAGCGGUUGGAGCAGUAUGUGCUUUAUCUGCCAAAACCGUUCCAAAUUACGACUGUCGCUGACUGCGCGAUGCUGCUGUAGCUAUGUCUAAGGUUCCUGAAUGGCUCAAGGAUACCAACAACACAAUUAUCCUUCAGCUAUAUGAGCAAGGAAUUAAGGACUGUGCUGGAUCUAGCCCUGUAAUUCAAACCAACUGGAACUCUGCCGGCCUAGGCACAGCCAGAUUCAAUAUAGAUGGCUCACGGUUCACAUGGCAAUGGCGGAAAUCACAUCGUGACGGUGCAGCGCCGCCUGCUUCAUCGAUUAUUAGCUAUGUACAGUAUCUAGUAUCCUACGAGAAAAGCAUAGGGCAGUACCACAACGGUGGUUACCUGACAAGCUCGGUUGUCAAGGUGGACGUUUAA